AUGGCAUCUUCUAUUCCAAGCACCUACAAGCAGGCCAUCUUCAAGGAAGCAGGCGCUAGUCUAACCUUGGAAGAAGUCGCAUUGACUCUACCUAAACGCGAUGAGAUUCUAGUCAAAGUCGAAGCCUGUGGCGUGUGCCAUUCGGACCACUUUGCGCAAACGAACCUCAUGGGAGGAGGAUUUCCGAUUGUUCCCGGCCAUGAGAUUAUUGGACGCGUGGUUGCCGUUGGGGAGGGUGAGACCCUUUGGAAGGAAGGAGAUCGGGUUGGAGGUGCAUGGCACGGCGGGCAUGAUGAUGCUGAGUACUGCAUCAUUCGUCGCGAAGCCGCUGUGAGCAUUCCCGACCACGUCAAUGCCGCCCAGUAUGCGCCCAUGCUAUGUGCCGGCGUGACCGUCUUUAACUCAAUGCGCCAAAUGAAAAUCCCACCGGGUGAAGUGGUUGCCAUUCAGGGCCUGGGUGGGCUCGGACAUUUGGCGCUCCAGUAUGCCAACAAAUUUGGCUACCGCGUCGUGGCACUCUCGCGGGACUCCUCAAAAGAGGAGUUCGCCCGUAAGUUAGGAGCACAUGAUUACAUUGACACCAGUAAAGAGGACCCCGUCGCUGCAUUGCAGAAACUGGGUGGCGCAUCUCUAAUAGUCUCUACGGCGCCUGUGCCGGAGAUCAUUAACCCGCUAAUCCAGGGCCUCGGUGUGAUGGGAAAGCUGUUGAUUCUGUCUAUUGUUGGUGGUAUUGAGGUGCAUACUGGCCUGUUGGUCGGAAAAGGUAAGUCCAUCUGGAGUUGGCCCAGCGGUCACGCCACCGAUUCCGAGGACGCCAUCGCAUUUGCGGACCUGCACGGCAUCGAUUGCAUGGUAAAGGAGUUCCCCUUGGAGCAGUGCAAUGAAGCAUUCGACGCUAUGAUGGAGGGAAGCGUGCGGUUCCGUGCCGUCAUCACUAUGAACUAA